CCGGAGCCGGGGGAGCCCCGGCAGCGUGGAGGGGUGCGGGAGCUCGGUGAUGAGCGGGCUCCGGGCCCCCGAGGCUGAAAGGGGCGCUGACUUCUCCAGCUGCCCUCGGGCAGCGCCGCCAUCAAACCCAACGCGCUCAGCCCAUGUUUUCCCCCCGAACCAGGAUUUCCCAAACCUUUGCUUGCACUGAGGAAGAGAAGGAGGCCAUGAGGACGAGGUCGAUGGCCCGGGAGCCGCAGGCAGACAAGGAGCUGAGCACGGACAGCAGGGAGGAGAAAUCCCCGCGGCACAGCCUCGGCCAAGAGGCCGUUUGCAGCGGCUCCACGGCGCAGGAAUGCAACGGGGAGGAAAAGCCCCGCAGAUCCCGCACCAGGAGGGGCUGCAAACGCACAGCCCGGGGAUCGCAGCAGGAAAGCCCCAGCCCGGGCCGGGGAGGCGGCCGGAGCUCGGAGCUGGGGCUGCGUGAGCAGCGUCACCACGGGGAGAAGCCCCACAAGUGCUCGCAAUGUGGGAAGGGCUUCAGGUGGAGAGCAGAACUGACCAAACACCAGAGAAUGCACACGGGGGAACGGCCCUACGAGUGUGGGGAGUGUGGGAAGAAAUUCACACAGAGCUCACACCUCAAGUCCCAUCAGAGGAGCCACACAGGGGAGAGGCCCUACGAGUGUGGGGAGUGUGGGAAGAGAUUCAGCCGGAGCUCACAGCUGACUGUGCACCAGAGGAGCCACACUGGGGAGAGGCCCUAUGAGUGUGAUAAAUGCUCUAAGAGGUUUUUUUUAAGAAGCAGUCUCUUCCUGCACUAUCGCACUCAUACGAAUGAGAGGCCUUAUGAGUGUCCUGAAUGUGGGCAGGGCUUCAAGCACAAUUCCAGCCUUGUCAUCCACCGCCGCAUCCACACCGGGGAGAGACCGUACGAGUGUGAUAAAUGCAGGAAGAGGUUUCAGACCAGUGCCCGUCUCCUCCUCCACUAUCGUACCCACAGGGAUGAGCGGCCGUUCUGCUGCUCUGACUGCGGGAAGGGCUUCAAGCAACGCUCAACCCUUGUUGCCCACCGGCUCAUCCACACUGGGGAGAGACCCUACGAGUGUGAUAAAUGCAGGAAGACGUUUCAGACCAGCGCCCGUCUCCUCCUGCACUAUCACAGUCACAAGGACGAGAGGCCUUAUGAGUGUCCUGACUGCGGGAAGGGCUUCAAGAACAACUCACAUCUCAUCAGGCACCGGCAUAUCCACACUGGGGAGAGACCCCACGAGUGUGAUAAAUGCAGGAAGAGGUUUCAGACCAGCUCUAAUCUCCAUUUGCACUAUCGCAUUCACAAGGACGAGAGACCGUUCCGCUGCUCUGACUGCGGGAAGGGCUUCAAGUGGAACUCAUAUCUCGUCACCCACCGGCGCAUCCACACUGGGGAGAGGCCCUAUGAGUGUGGGGAGUGUGGGAAGAGAUUCAGCCGGAGCUCACACCUGACUGUGCACCAGAGAAGACACACUGGAGAGAAGUCCUACGAGUGUGAUAAAUGUUGUAAGAGGUUUUUAUUAAGAACCCAACUCCUCCAGCACUAUCGCACUCACAUGGAUGAGAGGCCUUAUGAGUGUCCUGACUCUGGGCAGGGCUUCAAGGAUAACUCCACCCUCGUCUCUCACCGGCGCAUCCACACGGGGGAGAAGCCCUACGAGUGUGAAAAAUGCAGGAAGAGGUUUCAGACCAGCUCUAGUCUCCUUAGGCACUAUCGCAUUCACAAGGACGAGAGACCGUUCCGCUGCUCCGACUGCGGGAAGGGCUUCAAGUACAACUCGAAUCUUGUCAGCCACCGACGCAUCCACACAGGGGAGAGGCCCUAUGAGUGUGGGGAGUGUGGGAAGAGAUUCAGCCAGAGAUCACACCUGAAUGUGCACCACAGGAGCCACACAGGGGAGAGGCCGUAUGAGUGUGGGGAGUGUGGGAAGAGAUUCAUGCAGAACACCAGCCUGACUGUGCACCAGCGCAUCCACACUGGGGAGAGGCCCUACGAGUGUGAUAAAUGCAGGAAGAGGUUUCCGACCAGCUCCAAACUCCUCAAGCACUAUCGCACUCACAAGGAAGAGAGACCUUAUGAGUGUCCUGACUGCGGGAAGGGCUUCAAGGAUAACUCCACCCUUGUCUCUCACCGGCGCAUCCACACCGGGGAGAGACCCUACGAGUGUCCCGAGUGUGGGAAGAGCUUCUCACAGAGAUCUCAUGUGAAGAAACACCAACGGAGUCACAACUGAGAGAAGCCCUGCGAGUGCCCCGAGUGCGGGACGAGCUUCGUGCGCUGCUCCAGCUCCAUCCCCCGUGGCAGGAUCUGCGCUGGAUGAUCCCCAGUGAC